AUGUCAUCUAAAUUUAUUUGUUUAAUUGACGCUAAUAUCGAAAACAUUUCUGAUGUCCCAUUUCUUGAUCACACAGAAACCGUUAAUUUGCACUUCAACAAGAUACCUCACAUUGGACGUGGCGUUUUCCCAACUUCGUUAAUUAAUUUGGACUUAUCAUCGAAUUUUUUAACAACUUUUUGUGGAGAUGAAAGCCUUCAGAAUCUUAGACGAUUGAACUUAAGUGCAAAUAACAUCAAAGCCGUCAGAGACUUUGGGUAUUUGAGUUCCUUAGUUUACUUGGAUUUAUCCUACAAUCAAUUGAAGGAUCUGUCCGACUUGCGUGGAAUUCAUGACCAUCCACUGACGUAUUUGGACGUUCGUAGCAAUAGGCUGGCAUCAAUUGGCGAUCUGAUAAGAGAUUUAUCGGAAUUCAAGUGCCUCAAAGAUCUCUUAGUGGCUGAUGAACCACUGACGGUGGAUGGUAAUCCCAUUUGCAGUUUUAGGGAUUUCCGAGCAAUCUUAUUUAACGGAUUGCCUCAGAUUCUGAGAGUCGACUCUUUUUCCCGUGAAAUCAUUAUAAAAGCCCCCUCAACCAUAGAAGCAGGCGGCAUGUCUUUGGGUGACAUAGACGUACCAUGCAAGGAAAAAUCUUCUUGCAACUUUCAACCAGACAGAGAGAAUGGAUCCCAUAAGGUAGAACAACCUUUAACCAAAACGAUUCGACACGUAAUGAUCCAAGUUAGUGUUGACAAACGGGAGAAACGAAAAUUGGCACAACAGUUGGCCAAGAUAACAGCAGAACUGGACAUGGAACGUAGCCUUAGAUCCAAAUCAGAAACGUUUCAGGAAUGUAUCAUAAAUAAGAUAAAGGAUCUGGGAGAAAGAAAUAACCAAAACCUUGACCUUACUCUGGACAACCUCAAACUGAAGGAGCAACUUCAUUCGGAAACUCAAAACCGGGAUCUUCUGGAAAAACGCUUGGGAAAAAUCCUGAAACAAAUGCAGGACAACAUCCAAAGCCUUGACGAGGUAGUCACCCUAAGAAUGGAUUGGAAUCGUCUCUGUUCAGAUGCAAUAGCUCACCUGGAGGCCAAAAUGGUUGCUGAUGAAUCCACGUUGAGGAAGUCCCUAUCGAGGGCAGAAAAGCAGAAAGUGGAGAGGCUUCUCCAAGAUCGAAUCGCACGAGCCUGUGAGGCGGUACGAAGACAGGCCGAUGUUGAGUACGUCAUCAAUUCUUUUGACUUUGAAGAGCAGUGUCAACGUAUGACAUGUGCUACUCACUUGCCCAACAGACUAGAAGCUGCUCAAAAGAGGUACUCCCGAUUGGAGGCCGAAUUCAGAUUCGCCCUUCACUCCGAAAGCCAACGCUACAGCCAGGUGUCCACACGUGCUAUGACUGCGGAGAAGACAUUACAAGAACAGAGGAAGAAACUCCACGCAGCAAAGAAAAAUUUGAAUUUAGCGGCAACCUUAGUCAGUGGUUUGAAAAAGACUGUAGCAGAGCAAUGGAAGGAGUUGCAGGGCUCUGAUCGAAGCCUUUCCAAUGCUAGGGACCUUCUUGGCGAAAUGAACAAGACAAUCAAGGAACUGACAGUGCAACUCUCCUUGGAGAAAAACGAAAAAUCGAAAAUUUUGGAGGAGCAUAAGGUAUGUUGUGAUCAAAAUGAUGCCCUCGCACGACUGGAGGAGGAGAGUAAAAAACUCGAAAAAUUACAAGAGAAAAUGUCAAUUAACAACUCAGCCUUGAGCAAUGAAGUCAGUGAACUUACAUCCAAGUUGAAGUCAGCAGAAGAAAGUGUGCGAAUAAAGACAAUACAACUUGACGAUCAAUUAGACACGAUAAAACAAUUAAAGACUGAUCUUAGCGCUGAACGCGACAAAAGUAAGGAACUGGCGAAAUUUAAAGAAGAAAAUAAGCAACUACAGUCUGCGAUUGACCGUUUGACUGGUCGAAAAGAUGAAAUGAAGAGUCUCAUUCUUGAGUUGCAAAACGAGAAUGAUUCCCUCAAAGGCGAAAUACUGGCUUAUCAAGAUGAGAUUAACUACAUAAAAGAAAAACUUUGCCGUAAGGAGAGUGACUGGUCGGAGCGCUGUGCUCAGGCUGAAAAGGAACGGGACGAAGCAUUGGCCAGAUUGAGAGAAUUGUCGGAGGAGAUGAAAGAGCUGGCAAGAAACUGCAAAAGUCGGCUCGAAAGCGCGGAGACCGCUUUGAGUGAGCAAGCGAAAGAGGCGAACCAAAGGCUGCUUGAGACGCAGGAGGCAGCCAAUCAGCGCAUUUAUCAGCUGGAAGAGGAGAUGCGCCAGAUUCUGCUAGAGUCAAUGAAUAUGCGUGGAAGAGUCGAGACAACACUGAAACAUUUGGUUGGAGAACUGGGCUAUCAAUGUUAUUAG